AUGUUGUUGGCCUUGGGUGUCAUUGUAUGGUGCUGGGGAUUGUUGAGUCGCAGACCGAUGCUGCGCCGCCAGGGCAUGCAGAAAAGCCGCUGCUGCGUCUUAUUUAGUGACCUGAAGGUUUUCCUUCUCAGGCCACAACCACCCUCGGCACCGCCACCUGCGCUCACACCCAUGAGUGGCCAAAACACAGAGAGCAAUGCGACGAGUAGCGCCGCGGGGAACAACUCUCUAGCUAACGGACAUCACCAACCAUCGGGCUGGACUACGCUGCCUACAGGGGAGUCUGCUGUCGGCGCCAAUGAGGGUCGGGUAACCGAAGAUUGGGCUAGUACCACUGUCGAACCGACUGGGACUCUGGAUUGCUGCAGUUCGUCGGAGGAUUGUUCCAAAGAGAAGUACGAUGAAAGAUCACUGAACAGUUGUACGGACAGCGGAGUGAGGACUCCUUUGUGUCGAAUUUGUUUUCAGGGACCGGAGCAGGGGGAGCUCCUGAGCCCCUGUCGCUGCAGUGGCUCUGUUCGGUGUACCCAUGAACCCUGUCUCAUUAAGUGGAUCAGUGAGAGAGGUUCUUGGAGCUGUGAACUCUGUUAUUACAAAUACCAGGUCAUUGCCAUCAGUACCAAGAACCCACUGCAGUGGCAGGCCAUAUCCCUGACGGUGAUUGAGAAGGUACAGAUCGCGGCAGCUGUGCUGGGUUCUCUCUUCCUGAUUGCCAGCAUCUCCUGGUUGGUCUGGUCAUCUCUCAGCCCCUCAGCCAAGUGGCAGCGCCAGGACCUCCUCUUCCAGAUCUGUUACGCCAUGUAUGGCUUCAUGGACCUGGUGUGCAUCGCUUUGAUCGUCCACGAAGGCCCGUCCGUGUUCCGCAUUUUUAACCGAUGGCAGGCUGUAAACCAGCAGUGGAAAGUCCUCAACUAUGACAAGAUCAAAGACAACGAGGACCAGCAGAAAAGCGGCGUGACAUUCCGGACCCUGACUCUUCCCCUCUCCCCUAGAGGCGCGGCUCAGACUGCUUCGCCUGCCCAAGCCUCUGCAUCCACCUCUUCACUUAUGGCCGCCGCCGCCGCCGCGGCUGCCACCAUGGCAACGCCUACUCCGGCGACCACCGCCGUCCCCUCGACUACAGUCUCCAACGCGACCGCGGCCACCGCCGUCGGCGCGGAAACGCAGGACUCUUCGGAACCCAGCAGCGGACUGUCGCUUCCCCUCGACCAUAACUGUGCGUACAACAUCCUCCACCUGCUCAGUCACCUGAGGACCCAGGAGCCGCGCGGCCAGCCCAGCAACGGCAACCGAGAGCUGGUCAUGAGGGUGACGACGGUCUGA